UUAGAGAUGAGAGAAGAGGCAGUUUAAAACGAAGAGGCGAGCUCCUUUGUCUAUGAGGACUGAACCCUAGCACUCGCGACCCCAUCCUUCCAGCCUUCAGGUCUCUGUACCAGCCUCAUAGCCUUCUUCGCCGGACGUCUCUGCCUUCAUUGACCGCGAUAUUGGCUUCUGUCGAGGGCACGAGGGUUCUUCUUUGCUCGAGUCUCUCCCUGUUCGCCGGACAUCUCACCCUAGCACUCGCGACCAUAUCAUCCCAGCCUCCUCUCCCUCGAAGGCUAUUCUUUGCUCACCGGUUUUUGCUCUGCCAUUUUUCGUCAAUACCAUUACUGGUUUUGGAAAGAUUUUUUUGGUAGAGAAAUGAGAGAGGUGCAACUUUCAUUGAAUCAAACGCAGAAGCUCAGAGUGAAGAAAGCUCUGGAACAACUGGAGUCUUUGUCUUCAAAAAUCAAUUCCAAUGCUUCUGUCACUGUUGCAGACACUAUCUCUGUUAAUUAUGAAGAUGGCGUCCUCAAGGGACAUGGAACCUCAGAGCUUGAUGGCGAAGUGGUUGCAACAGUUUGUGGGAUAGUUGAGCGUGUGAACAAGCUAGUCUAUGUACGUGCAUUACGAGCCAGGUACAAACCUGAGAUUGGGGAUAUAAUAGUGGGGCGCAUCAUUGAGGUUGCUCCAAAGCGUUGGAGAUUGGAGAUAAAUUUUAGUCAAGAUGCAGUUUUGAUGCUUUCUUCAAUGAACUUGCCUGAUGGUAUCCAGAGGCGGAGAACUGCAGUUGAUGAGCUCAACAUGCGCAGCAUUUUUGAAGAGAAUGAUGUUGUUUGUGCUGAGGUUCGCGGUUUCCAGCAUGAUGGCAGUUUACACCUGCAAGCAAGAAGUCAAAAAUAUGGAAAGCUCCAACGGGGUCAACUACUCAAAAUUCCUCCAUAUCUGGUGAAAAGACGCAAACAACAUUUCCAUCACCUAGAACAGUAUGGAAUUGACUUGAUACUUGGUUGUAAUGGAUUCAUAUGGAUUGGGGAACAUGUGGAAGCAAAAGAUGAUAUGUUAGAAGAUGAAACAAAUAAAUCUGAGCAACUGAGCACCAACGCCAAUAGAAGUGGCAUGUGUCUUGAAGAACAAGAACAAAAUUACAAAAGUUACACACCGCUAGAAAUAAGGCAGAACAUUUGCAGGACUGCAAAUGCUGUCCGUGUCUUGUCAACUCUAGGAUUUAAUGUUACCAUGGAAGUGAUAGUGGAGACGGUAAACUUGAGUAUCUCAAUGAAUGUGGAUAUACACGAGAUGCUUGGAGCAGAGUUCUGUGUUGUGGUUGUAGAGAGAGAGGCUGAACGGCAAAGCUUCAUGGGAAAGAAAAAGUGAAAGACAAUCAGACCAUAUAUUUAGUUUCAUGAAAGUUUAUAUUUUUAGUUCUCUUUGUUAGCUAAAAAAUUUUGGUCAUAAAUUAGGAUGGUUCUGUUAUAAGUCAAAGGUACAAUCUUCUAGUCUCAUUAGAAUUGUGUUUGCUCAGAAUUAUUAGUGUCUUGAAGCCUUAUAACUGCUGCAACAGCCCCAGUCAACCAUCUUCACCGGUGCCUUCCCAAGGAGCAGCAAUGUGUGCAUGUGUUUACAUGAGGAGAUGCUACGGGUGGUUUUUGGUCAUGUUAAGAAAAGCUUUUAGUUGUUUCA